AGGAGCAAAGCCGGAGAUCUCUGCUCAAGAGAGAACAAACAGAGAAAAAGCAGCGCGUUCGCCUUCUUUUACGCACAACAAACACACAACCCAGGGAGAAACGAUGAUAAAGAAAAUGUCACCAUCUGAGAGCGACUUCGACAUCCCCGCCAAGAACUGCUACAGGAUGGUGAUUUUGGGCUCCACCAAAGUUGGGAAGACGGCCAUCGUGUCGCGCUUCCUGACCGGGAGGUUCGACGAGCAGUACACGCCGACCAUCGAGGACUUUCACAGGAAACUGUACAGCAUCAAGGGAGACGUUUACCAGCUGGACAUACUGGAUACCUCAGGGAAUCACCCGUUCCCCGCCAUGAGGAGGCUUUCCAUACUGACAGGCGACGUGUUCAUCCUCGUCUUCAGUCUCGACAACCGGGACUCUUUCCACGAGGUGCAGCGGCUCAAGCGCCAGAUCUUCGAGACCAAGUCGUGCCUGAAGAACAAGAUCAAGGAGAACAUCGACGUGCCUCUGGUGAUCUGCGGGAACAAGGGGGACCGCGAGUUCCACCGGGAGGUGCAGCAGGACGAGAUCGAGCAGCUGGUGGCCGGGGAGGAGAAGUGCGCGUACUUCGAGAUCUCCGCCAAGCGCAACGAGAACGUGGAUAAGAUGUUUCAGACUCUGUUUACUCUGGCCAAGCUACCUCACGAGAUGAGCCCCGACCUGCACAGGAAGGUGUCCGUGCAGUACUGCGACAUGCUGCACAGAAAGUCCCUGAAAAACAAGAAGCUGAAGGACAUUGGGGAGGCGUACGGGAUGGUGACGCCGUGCGCGCGGAGACCCAGCGUGCACAGCGACCUCAUGUACAUCAAGGAGAAGGCGAUAGGAGGCGGCCAGGGCAAGGACAAAGAGAGAUGCGUGAUCUGCUGAGGGCGCGCGCACCAGACUCGAUAUUUUGUUUUUUGAGAAGCGACGCGCCUCGGCUGGAGAGGCGCCGCGCGCGCCCCGGCUGCGCUCACACCGGACACUGGAGGUGUGGAGACGCCGCGCGGCCGCCCGGCUGCCGGCGUGCGCUCUGACGCUGCGCCCUUUUGCAGGGACACUGAACUGUGACACGCCGAGUCUGCUUUAAACUGCCAAAUAUUAAAAAUAAAGUAAAUAAAUAAAGUAGAAUUUAAAAAAAAAAACAGAAAUCAUCAGUCCAAAGCACUGCCCACGAGACAUCCGAGAAUGUUCGCUUGUUCUGUCAAGUGUGUGACGUGGCUUCAUGCGCGCGCGAUAUGCUGCGU